UCCUCAUGGAAAACAUAACAAGUUUAAACCUGAACUCCACCGCCUCUGGGUGGCAGCGUCCGCUGUGGUACCUGUUCGAGGCGUGUGCCGAGGCUCCUCACUGGUUUAUCUUCUACUUCGGUGUUAAAGUAUUAAACCUGGUUGCAGGCGUGCCAUUAAACAUCCUUGUGAUGUGGCAGAUUCUGAAGAAGAAGAGCGAGGGAUCGACGUCUGACAUCUUUAUUUUAAACCUCUCGGUCCUGGACGCAUAUUUCGGCCUCAUGACGCCGGUGGACAUUGCCAACCGACUGCACUUCAGCGAUGAAACGAUUUGGUACUCUGUGCGCUUCGCCUACGGGCUGAAAGACGUGACUCCGUUAUUUCUCACCUGUAUUUGUCUGGACAGGUACGUCGCCGUGGUCCAUCCCAUUUUAUUCACCGGGAUCCGUGAUAAUCGCAUCCGAAUCGCCGUCUCCGUGGUGGUUUGGGGACUCAUCCUGGCCUACUCGUUGACCAAAUGCUUUUUGGGCGUCUUGAGUGUGAACGAAGUCUUCAGCGGAGUCAUCCUCGCCGCCUUCUUCCUCAUGGUGUUCUGCAACCUGUCCAUCAUCUUGGUCCUCAGGAAAAGCGUGGCAGGGAAAGAAAUCAUGAACCCGACGAAGAAGAGAGCCUUCAAAAUGGUGACUAUCGUCCUCGCCAUCAUCGUGGUGAACUAUCUCCCUCCCGUCGCUCUGCUGCCGUUUGCCUCCACCUACUCGUUCGUGACGUUUCGGUGUAAGAUUGCCCUCGCCGUGUUCUCCAUCAUGGACUUGAGCUGCACUGUUGAGCCUUUGCUCUACCUCUCGAAGAUGGAGCGAUCCCAGUUCUGUCCCUGCCUCGAGAGUCCCUCCAAGAAACCCAUCGACGUUAGCGUCUGAAACGUAGCAUGAACGAUAU